CAGAUGUACAGUGUCAUUUCCUUUCUCUAUUUCCCAUGCAUUUCCUGAUGCAACAAAACAAAAGUUAUGCACACAGCAGCACACACUUUUAUUUUAUUAUUCUGACACCAUUUGCCUUUCGUUAGGGUACUUACAAUUGUCCCUCUCUACCUUGUGAUGCUCUCCAAGUUCCAAUGGAGAUUUUCAAAUGCUUCUACAUCAAAAAUCUUAUUCUUGUUACCUUCUUCAUGGUAUCAUCAGCAGUUCUAGCAAUUGACCCUUACUCAGAGGCACUUCUCAGCCUAAAAUCGGAGCUUGUAGAUGAUGACAACAGCUUGCACAAUUGGGUGGUGCCCUCUGGAGGAAAAUUAACUGGGAAAUCCUAUGCAUGUUCUUGGUCCGGCAUCAAGUGUAACAAUGACUCAACAAUUGUAACUUCCAUAGACCUUUCCAUGAAGAAAUUGGGAGGUGUGGUUUCAGGGAAGCAAUUCAUCAUCUUCACAAACCUCACUAGUCUCAACCUGAGCCACAAUUUCUUCUCUGGGCAGCUCCCAGCUGAGAUUUUCAACCUCACCAGCUUAACAAGCUUGGACAUCAGCAGAAACAACUUUUCUGGUCCCUUCCCAGGUGGAAUUCCUAUACUCCAAAACUUGGUUGUGCUUGAUGCCUUUAGCAACAGUUUUUCUGGGCCAUUGCCUGCAGAAUUUUCACAGCUUGAAAACCUUAAGGUUCUCAAUCUAGCUGGGAGCUACUUCAGAGGUUCAAUUCCACCUGAAUAUGGUUCUUUCAAGAGCCUUGAGUUUCUUCAUCUUGCAGGAAAUUCUCUAACAGGAAGCAUACCUCCAGAACUUGGUCACCUCAAAACAGUGACCCACAUGGAGAUUGGCUACAACGAAUACCAGGGUUUUAUUCCUCCUGAAUUAGGUAACAUGAGUCAGCUUCAGUAUCUUGACAUUGCAGGAGCAAAUCUUUCUGGUCCUAUACCGAAGCAACUCUCCAACCUCACCAGUUUGCAAUCCAUUUUCCUUUUCAGAAACCAGCUCACAGGAUCAAUACCAAGUGAGCUUAGCAUCAUAGAACCUCUCACAGAUUUAGAUCUCUCUGAUAACUUCCUUAUAGGGUCCAUUCCUGAAAGCUUCUCAGAGCUAGAGAACCUGAGGCUGCUCAGUGUCAUGUACAAUGACAUGAGUGGCACUGUUCCUGAAAGCAUUGCAAAACUUCCAUCCUUGGAAACCCUUCUCAUUUGGAACAACCGCUUCUCCGGCUCGCUUCCACCGAGCUUAGGCAGGAACUCCAAACUCAAGUGGGUGGAUGCCUCUACAAAUGAUUUAGUUGGAAGCAUACCACCAGACAUUUGUGCGAGUGGAGAACUGUUUAAGCUGAUCCUGUUUUCAAACAAAUUCACAGGUGGCCUUUCAUCAAUCUCCAAUUGUUCUUCCCUCGUUCGCCUUCGCCUCGAAGAUAACUCAUUCUCAGGAGAAAUCACUUUGAAAUUCAGCCAUCUUCCUGAUAUCUUAUAUGUUGAUCUGUCCAAGAACAACUUUGUUGGUGGGAUUCCCUCAGAUAUUUCUCAAGCCACCCAACUGGAGUAUUUCAAUGUCUCUUAUAAUCCGCAAUUAGGAGGCAUCAUCCCUUCCCAAACAUGGUCAUUGCCCCAACUUCAGAAUUUUUCAGCAUCUUCUUGUGGUAUUUCUAGUGAUCUUCCCCUAUUUGAAUCCUGCAAAUCAAUUUCAGUUAUUGAUCUAGAUAGCAAUAGCUUAUCUGGAACCAUCCCAAACGGUGUUUCCAAAUGUCAAGCUCUUGAGAAAAUCAACCUAUCCAACAAUAAUCUGAUAGGUCAUAUACCUGAUGAGCUUGCCUCUAUUCCUGUUCUUGGUGUAGUGGACCUAUCAAACAACAAGUUCAAUGGCCCCAUACCAGCCAAGUUUGGUAGUUCUUCAAAUUUACAACUCCUCAAUGUGUCUUUCAACAAUAUCUCUGGUUCAAUACCAACAGCAAAGUCAUUCAAAUUGAUGGGAAGAAGUGCAUUUGUUGGAAAUUCAGAGCUAUGUGGAGCACCAUUGCAACCAUGUCCUGAUUCAGUUGGAAUAUUGGGAAGCAAAGGCACGUGGAAGGUUACACGUAUUGUGCUUCUCUCUGUAGGGUUGUUAAUAGUCCUUCUGGGACUUGUUUUUGGAAUUCUUUACUUGAGAAGGGGAAUCAAAAGUCAAUGGAAGAUGGUCUCAUUCGCUGGUCUACCUCAAUUCACAGCAAACGAUAUUUUGACAAGCCUCAGUGCCACAACAAAACCUACAGAUAUUCAAUCACCAUCAGUUACAAAGACUGUUCUGCCUACAGGAAUAACAGUUUUGGUCAAGAAGAUUGAAUUGGAAGCAAGAAGCAUAAAGGUUGUGUCAGAAUUUAUAAUGAGGCUAGGAAAUGCAAGGCACAAGAACUUAAUCAGAUUGUUGGGGUUCUGCCACAACCAGCACCUAGUCUAUCUUUUGUAUGAUUACUUGCCCAAUGGGAAUUUGGCUGAGAAAAUGGAAAUGAAAUGGGAUUGGGCAGCAAAAUUCAGAACAGUGGUUGGAAUUGCAAGGGGACUUUGCUUCCUUCACCAUGAAUGUUACCCAGCUAUACCCCAUGGAGACUUGAGGCCUAGCAACAUUGUAUUCGAUGAAAAUAUGGAACCCCAUUUGGCAGAAUUUGGGUUCAAACAUGUGUCGAGGUGGAGCAAAGGCUCAUCACCCACCACAACUAAGUGGGAAACAGAAUACAAUGAAGCCACAAAAGAGGAACUGAGCAUGGAUAUCUACAAAUUUGGGGAGAUGAUUCUGGAAAUUUUAACCAGGGAAAGGUUGGCAAAUUCAGGAGCCAGCAUACACAGCAAACCAUGGGAGGUUCUCUUAAGAGAAAUUUACAAUGAGAAUGGAGCAAGUUCGGCAAGUUCAUUGCAAGAGAUUAAACUUGUUCUUGAGGUAGCAAUGCUUUGCACCCGAAGCAGGUCAUCUGACCGGCCAUCCAUGGAAGAUGUUCUUAAGCUUCUGUCAGGGUUAAAACAUCUAGAGGAUGGAAGAACUUCGAAAGAAGGGCAAUAAAAUGUUCAUUUGCAUCACUGCGUUGAAAACCAUUAGAAACAUAUAGUAAUUGCUUAGAUAACAAGUUUGCACGUAUGUAAUUAAAGGAGUUUGCAGCUUGUAUAAUAGAUAUUUCCAUUGUUUCAGUGUGCCAAACAAUUCUGUCCCAGCCUCAGUCAGUCUACUUCAUAAAAUAUUUUUUUAUUUGAAGUGGAAUUCAUUUGAAUUCACGGUAUUCAUAUUCAUAAUAUUUACGAUUGAGUGUCGUCUGAAA